CUUUUUUUUUUUUUUUUUUUGGUCUUACAAAUUUGCCUUUUCUGGGUAUUUUAUAUAAAUGGUGUUUUAUGAUUCAUUGUGCCUAACAACUGCUUUCAGUUAGUGUAAUGUUUUAGGGUUCAUAUAACUUUUAGCAUAGAUUAGUUUUGAGACAGGGUUUCUGUAGCUAAUACUAGUGCAAAGCCCUUGGACCCUUCUGCUGCCGCCUUCUCAGUACUGGGGUUAUAAACACACCCCACACACAUGGUUUACCUCAUUCCCUGCAUCCCGAGCUCCGUCUCCUAGGUGUUACUGGUUAAUAGUCAGUCUACUGUGGAUGUGUUCAAGGUUGUUUACUCAUUUACUAGUUGAUGGGAAUUUGGGUUAUUUCUAAAUAUUCAUGAGUAGUACUUCCACAAACAUUGCUGUACAGGUGUUUUGGGAACCCAUGUUUUCCAGUUCUCUUGGGUGUAUAAUCAGGAGUUUCACCUUUUCCAGCGACAUUGCACCAUUUUAUAUUCCCAGCAAAGACGAAUGAUGGUCAUUCCAGUGCACCAGCUCCUCACCAGCACUGUCUACCUUCAGGAUAAAGCCUAUUCCGUGAGGGGUGGGGAGUAGUCCCUACUGGGAGUGGUUCCCCCUACCGAGAGAUAAACGAUCUUGACUACUCGUCUUGGCUUGUGCGUGUUGACUGUGUCUUAUCUAGAUACAUAUGUUUUAAGACCAUCUGGUUGUUUUCUGCUGGGUUAUCUGCCUUUCAUGUUUGAGCCAUAAGUGUUCUUCAUAGAUUGUGCUCAUGGGUACCUAUAUGACUUGUGAUCAUCCCAUGGUAUGUCUUUUCUCUUUCUUGGUCAAGUUUUUAGUUGGUGGGAAUCCAGGCUAAUCUGUUUUCUUAGUGCCUUCCUUGGUGCAUUGUUCUUUACAAACCAUUGCCUAACCUAAGCUCACAAAAACUCCUUAACGUGUUUAGGUUUUUGAUCCACUCGGUGUAUGUUGUUGUGUAGAGGGCUAUAGUCCUUCAGCUUGUGGAAUACCAGUUGCUCCAGAGCCAUUUCUUGAAAACGGCUUGUCUUGGCACAUGUGCUGAGAAUCAAUUCAGCACAGAUGUUUGAGCUGACCUAAUUCUGUUCCUUUAAUCUUUGUGUCCAUCUGUGGUCAGUUCACAAUCUGGACUACAGCUAGGUAUAUGGUCUCCAAGGGUUCCUGAGAACUCCUGCAACCUUGGUUUCCUGGCCUUCAACUUUUACAGGACAGACAGAGGAUAUAUUUACAACACUUGAUAAUGAGAUGCAUGGUAUUUCUUAGCACUUUUUUUAAAAAAAAAUAAUUUUUAUUGUUCUCGUUGCAAAAGGAGGUAACACCAAGUUUGUAUUGCUGAGAAAACUUACAUGCAAUGUGAGAAUAAAAAGAAUUUUCCCAAUCCAAACAUUUCAUUUGACCUACUUAAACUUCCAUGCCUCAUAAUGGGCUUAAAUAUUUUACUGCCCUGGAGGCAGUCUCCAAAGAGUGGCUUUGUGUAACCCAAUUCUAGUUCACACCCAUGCUUUCCCAGUGUAGUUUUCUGUGAUAAAAACAUUCAUCUCUGCAAGCUCAUGAAUUUUAGGAAAGCAUCCAGUUUUGCUCAGAGAGCCACUGUUGAGAGGCCUGGGAGGCAAAGCCCAGAUUCUUGAGGGAGGGUCUUUUUGCAGUGGAUGGGUGGAGGAGAGAAGGGAGGAUGUGCCUCUGUCCUGAGGAGAAGGAUCCUUGUACUGAAAAGGCACUCAAUUUGAACAUUUGUUAUGUACCUGGGAACAUUUGCAUGGUUGGGAGAUGAAGACCCGGAACUCCUGUGUGUGGCCACCUUUGCCGUUAGUUACUUCUUGGCAAAGUGUAGCCUUUCCUGGUGGACUCACAGGAAGUAAAGCUUUCAUCAGAUCUGCCCAUCUCUGCAGGUACAACCAGGUCAGAUUUACACAGGUCUUUCUCCUCUUAGAACUUCCUUUUAUUGUUACUUUUCCCACUUUGAUCAGGAUAAACUGUGAAAGUAUGUGUGGAACAGAAACGCUUCACCAGACAAUACCCCAGAAUUCUGUGGCUGUGUGUGCUGGCUCAGCUUUGGAUUCUAGGUCUGCACUCAGAGGGCCUGCAAACAGCUCACUCUGUACCAUAUUUCUUAGGCCAGGAACAGUCAAAACUAUUUUUUCUAGUGCCCUUUCCCCUGGUGGACAGCUAGUUGAAGCCUUUGGGAGUAAGAGCACUUCCCAGGACACGGGCCCAACCCUUCCUCCCACAGCCCCAUUUAAAGUAGUUUAAAAAUAGCUCCCACUUAAGGCUUCGUGGCAGGCCAUGACAACUUUAUAAAAAUUGUGUAUUUACUUUUCCCCUCUUUGUUGCUUAUUAAAACACUGCUUAUCACUGAUUCCCGGAGAAAUACAUUUACUGCCAAGCCAUGAAAGAAAGUUGUGCUCCUCUGGGCAUAUGGCUAAGCGCAAGGCAUGUAGAAUGUUCAGGGUACAAUUCAGCCAGUUUGGUUGUGAUGGCUUAUGAGGAGGACCCUGUUCAACUACUUAGAGGGCCUGAAAAGCCUCUGUUAACCUGCAUGUUUCCUGUGUGGUAGGCCCUGUGUAAAGGCCCAGAUCCCUGAUGGUUAACAAGGCUGACAGGCCUAGUUUCAUGGAAUUUACAUUGUCAUUUGGAAUUAAACAAGCGUAUAGUAAAUUAUUUUAUACACUAUAUUUGAAAUCUCCGUGUGGAAAGCCUUUUAAUUUCUAGAGCGUUUCUUUCUGCAGUCCUACUGCCUUUCCUCUGUAAGCUCCCCUGUUGACUUCCCACCACACUCAGUGUAGAAGUUGAAUCUGCAUCAUGGUCUGGAAGACCCUCCAGGAUUCGUCUCGGCAGCCUAUGCUGCCUCGUCCAUCCCUCCCACCCUAAGCUGCUCAGCCAUUCCCACAACCUUAACAUUUAUAGCUGUUCAGGCCUUUAUAUUUUCUUUCCUCUUCUUGGAGUGCUCUUUCUCCAAAUUUCCACAUUUCUGACUCGUUGGGUCUCUUUUGAACUAGCCCGCCAUUUGAUUAGAGAAGUCUUUCCUGAGCAGACCACUUUUAAAAAAAACAUUUUUUUCUUUCCAGUCCGUUCCCAGAAAGAAAAGAUGAUUCUGAGAUUUAAUUAUUUAUUAUUACUUGCUUUUACCACAAUCUUUGGCUAAUUCCCUGACUACCUGGUAACUACCUGGUAUUUAUAACCCAUUCAGACCAUCCCACACGGCUAGUCUCCUUCAGUUUCAACCUGCUUCUUCCUCAGCAUCUCAGUCUCGCUCAAAUCUCCCCUCAUCACAUCCUCCCGAAUCUCUCCCUCAGUCUCUCACUAUUUCCCAGAAUGCUCUCUCUUCCUGCCAGUGUCUCGCCUCCUACUUCCUGCCUCAGCUUAUUGGCUAUAGGCUUCUUUAUUGACAGGUGAUGCUUGUAAGAGAUUGUACCGCCCACCAUUGCUACCAAUGUGUCUAUUUAUUUGCUUUAAUUUCCUCCCUCAGAUCUUGGAUCCUCUAGCAUAAACAUGCAUGCUCUCACAUUUUGUUUUGUUUUCCAUUUGAAGUGUUGUCUGUGUCUCAUGCACACAUCCCCAUGUGGGAUGUAGACAGUGACUUUAUCUCAACUAUUUAUGUAACCCCCAUAUCCAAGACACUGGUUCAAGGGAGAAGAACCCACAGAUUGUUGAAUAAAUGGAGACUACAGUUUAAUGUGACUGUGUGUCUAAGCUUCAAGACCUUUCAGUGGCCCUGUUUCUUAUUAUCCUUCAGAGUUGUCUCAUUUUAGUUAUAGGACAUGAAUUCUCUUCUCAUUCUUAUUCCUGUUCUUUGUUUCCUCCACAUAUAAUGUUUUUCAUCAUAGAAUAGUUCUCUUUAUCUUGUCUGAAAACUUAAAUUCAGUAUGCGUACCUUUCUGCCUAACCAUUCCCGAGUCUACCCACAAGCUCUCAGAUUCUUAGUUUUAACCAAUCAUUGUUAAUUUCAUUCACUAGGCAAGUGUUUUAGCAUACACGCAUUAAUAAGUGCAUCAGCCUACAAAGACGAAAAAGUUGCAGUGCCCAUCCUUAGGAAUCCCACAGUUCAGGGUGUUUCGGUUUAUUGCUCUGGAAUUCAGUAAGCCAUGGAAUAUCUAUAGAAAACGUACGCCUAGCAUAGUUCAUGGUACUGCAGGAUCAAACACAAGAUACGUAGUUCCUUGAGAUUAGAUUCUAAGUAGUACUGUAAGAGUAGCCUGCAUUAAGGCAGCAAUGGUAAGUAUAAAACAAGUGUUAAUUAUCAGAGGUAUCAUAGUGACUUAAAGGGCAGAGUGGCGGCUGCACUGGGUGGUUGAGUAACGAGGUGUUAAUGGGUGGACAUGACUAUUAGGAUGUGCUGAGCUUGUCACCACACCAGGGCGGGCAGGGGUGCAGCGGCUCCUUUCAGAUCUCAAAGAGGCCUCCUAUUUAUACUCAUUUCAUAGAAGGGGAAUGGUGGGUCUCUUAGGACUCUUCUGUCUGAGGAGGAAGAGAAUGUGGUAGGCUGUGCAGUCUGUCUUUCAGGGCUUCGGCACCCAGGAGUACAGACAGAUGCUGGGAAGCCUGGCUUUUCCUCGGAUGGAUGGUUCUACUCCUCCAUCUCCAGACCUGGGCUUGUCUGGAGGAGGAGCUAAGGCUUGCCUCUCUCUGUGCCCAGGCUGCUGCUCCCUGGGCCACAAAUUCCGUUUGGCACAACUUGGCCUUGGAAAAAUAUUUUCCCAUAGUUUCCAAAGAGCUUUGUAAGUAAAGGGUUUAUUUAGUCUUUUAUCAGCUAACUAAUACUUUUGUCAGAAAUACAUCAAAUUCAUAAGAAUUUUAGAAAUUUAGAAAUAUUUUUCUUUUUAUAGCAAUGCAUCAUUAUUAUAAAAUAGCCUUUAGCUUUCUGUAUUGAUCUACUGCAAAGUCUUUUCCUUCCAAAACUACUGAUUCUUCUUCUUUUUUAAAUCACUGUAUGCUCUUUACCCAUUUGUCAUUAAUAGACUGCUCCAAACACUUAGCAUUUGAAUUAUGUCACACCCAGCAUCUGCUUUCAGUUUAAUUUCUUCUUAACGUUUUAGAUCCCUUUUUCUUAUUUAUACUUGCAGAAAAUAGUAUUUUUGGUUGAGGUUAUUUUAAGGUGGCCUUGAAACAAAUCCUAGGCUUCCUCUUUUGUUCGGCGGCACGUGUUCCCUUGAGCUCACACAUCCAGGGUCUACCAAAAUCAAUCUCACAGCCCCAUGUAAAACUCGCAAGUGCCUGACGAUUUAUCAUGACUUCUGCAUGAUGUCUGUUUUGCCAGGGAACCACAGGGCUUCUUCUGCCCUCCCAGGAGCUCCCAACACUCUUGUUUCUACUGAAGCGAUUGCUCUGUGUCACCAUUUUGGUUCAUCGUCUACCUCAGUGGAAUGUAAAGAUGUAGUUAAGUUCCAGUCAGAUCUGCUCUCUCAGCAAGCAAGGGGUGGAUAGAACAGCAUCCUGCUGUGUGUAAACUUUCUAGUCCACUCAGAAUUGUCCAGCUAGUUUCCUUGUCCUCCCCUAAGUCAGGUAGAAGAGUUUUAACACAGGGAGUGGGACUGGUUUUUGUUUGUUGUUAUCUUGGUUUUGUUUUGUUUUUCUCUCAUUUUAAAUGAAAAGAAUUCUCCAAUCCUUUGUUUUCACAGGUGGGAUGUAACCGUACAGGAAUUACUUGAGAAUGCGUAUGUAGCUAACAAGUCCUUAGGAACACGUAUGUACAGUUCCCCUAGUUUCCAUGUGGAAAUUCUCCAACAAACUGAGAAAUGUGUUGCCUGUUUGCUUUGAAGUCUGGCACACUAAAAAAAAAAAAUCUUCCUACCAUGCACGGAAUUCCAAGACUUUCACAGCUUUCUGUGAACGUGGUCAGGCAUAAGAUGGAUUUUUCUCAUCUGUCUAACCACGCCUGCUGGAUUGUCAGUCUACUUCAACCAGGCCCUGGAUUUUCCCAAUCUGAACUCUCCUAUUUCAGUUAAUUUGGAUGACUCUAGCCCUGUCUAGAGAAUAGGUUGUGCUUAAGGAGACCAAGUUGAAAAUGUGGGCUAAACAGCCAUUGCUAGAGAAGGGAAGAGGACGAAGGUUUGGCUUGGACCAUAGAUUUCCGCCUUUCACUAAGUCUUUAAAGGGCAGUGGAGAUGUCUGUCCUUGGAAUGGAAGGAAGAGUCUGUUCAGCAGAUCAGGUAGGGCUAUGCUGUGGAAGGCCACAGCAGCAGCAGAGGGGAGCUGUUCCCCCUGCGAUUCACCUGUGAAUAGAGACAAAGCGUGUAGAAGGAUGACUUUGAGUAGAACUCUGGGAAGACUGUUAGAUAUGAUCACUGUCAUUCUCCUUGGCCCUGGGGAUAUUUGCUCAGUCUGCAUGCAGGGUGUGUGACCUAGGCGACCAGUCCUUGCUCUCAGAUGUGUAAUGUCCUGGAUACAUAUUGUGACCCAGGGAACUGCAGUGCUGAUGGAGCUCCAUCUGUACUGAUAACCAUACUUUUCUGUCCUUAGGUGCAGUUGAUGGUAAGGCUGGGCCUGCCUGGAGCAGAGAACCCAGAGCCUGCAGGAAGGAUGUGGUCAGGAGCUGCUGUGUGAGGAACUCAGUGUUACGGCUGACCUUUGUAGACAUAUUGUCUAACAAUUCUCUUCAGCCUGCACCAUGUGUGGAUGGGUGUUUCUUUCUCCUAGAAGGUUCAUAGCAGAGAUGGAUGUUGUCAGAUAAUCUGUGCCUAGUUAAUUUGUUGGGAACCUUUGAUAAAUUGUCUGGGCUACUGGCAUACAAUUGAGCAUUCAACAGAUUAGCAUAUCUAAGUAGUAAGUUUACAAGUUGAAGAACUUAAACUGAUAGGGUCAGCUGUCUGACUUCCAGUGGGUAAUUGGCAGCACCCAGUUACUGGCUUAUUAACUGCACGAUUGAUAUAACUAGUUGCACAGUAGUACAUGGUAUCAAGAGUUCACUUUUAAAGGCCCCUUCCAUGCCUCAUGCUGAAGGCCUUUAAGGGUUUCCUGACAGGCAGACUGUUUCUUUUGGUUCCAUGUCGUAUAUUUCCUUGGACUGUGCCCUAUGAUAUUUGCCCUUCCCUUAGUUCUUCUGUCUCUGACCUUUGAAUAAAAUGGUCCUGGGAAAAAGACUUUCAUUGGUUUUAUAGUUUUGAACACUUUAAAUCUGCCUUUUGGGGAAAGGAUGGGUGUUCGUGAUUUUUCUACCGGAAGGGUGGACUGGAAAACCCUUCAAGCUUCGUGACCACUGCCCUUUAUUUGGUUAGGCAGGCUUAUAGAAGGAGGGAAAAAGGGCUUCCUGUUUAAAUUAGAAAACUUUACCCCUCCCCAACAAUUAUAGUGAUCUGAAAUGGUCUGAAGAAGUUGGUUUUGCUUCAGUUUUUCUUCUUGUGUGUCAGGGUGCUUUGCCAACUAUAAUUGAGUACAUCUCUGGUUACCGUUACUUUAACAAGGGAACUGUGUUGUAGAUGUGAGUAUUGAGUGGGAGGAAGAAAUAAAGUUUUAGUCUGGGUUAUAGGUUAAGUUAGUAAUAAUUAUUUUUGUUGAGAACAACUAAGAUGUAUACCAUACACACUUGUUAUUGCUCUCCUCCCCUCUCUCCCCUGCUCUCCUCUCUCGUUCUCUUUUUUUUCUCUCCUCUAAGUAGGGCUAUAGUUCAGGGGCUUUGGAACAUCUGGAACAACUUAACAACUAUCACAGAGACAGUGACACCUUCCAAAAUCAAAACCACUUUAGGAUUUCCAUUUAUAUUUGUGCAAUUAAAACACGACUAGUGGAUGGUUGUUGGUAAUUGCCAACCUGACGACUCCAGAGUCUCCUGGGGAUACGGGUCAGAGCAUGCCUGUGAGGGGCCCUCUUAGUUGGUUGAUGGAGGUGAGACCCAUCUUUUUAAUUACAAGAAUGUUUACAUGUAUGCGGGUGUUUCCAUGUAUACACGGUCUUUGUACCAUAUAUGCUUGGUGUUCACAGAGGCCCAAAGAAGGUGUUGAUUCCUCAGAACCAUAGAGACACUGGUGGUUGUGAUCUGCCACAUGAGUGCCGGGAGUUGAAUCCCAGCCCUCGGGAAGACCGUCUAGUGCUUUAUAAAUCCUGAACCAUUUCUUCAUUCCUGGAAAGACCCAUCUUAAUUGUGAGCAGAACCAUUUUCUGGACAGGGAGUUUUGGGUUGUGUACAGUGGGCAAAGUGAGCCGAGUGUCCUCUCCAUUUCUUGACUGUGCCCGUCGUGUGACUAGCUCACAGGAGCUCCUGAGGUUGUGAAUCCCUUGCUGUGUCAGACUGUAACCUGGGACUGUAGGCCGGAGGAAACACUUCUUUAGGUUGUAUUUGUCAGAGUAUUUCUUAUUAUAGCAACAAGAAAAGAAACUAAGACAAAAACAUUAAAAAGACUUGACUCAUAAAACAUCUCUCCCAAGUUGCAGGAGGUCCUCACAGCACCUUUGCGUACCCUCAAGGUAUUGCCAAGGAUUGUGGAAGACUCAGGAAACUGGGCUGUUCACAUUGGACAUUGGGGGUUCCCCCAUCAAACAAGGAGAGCAGAUGGAGCUCAGCUUGCUUGUCACUUCUCCAGCUUCAUCAGGUCUUUUCCCUACUACAUUAGAGUCUGAUUGGAGUUUUCAGGAAAUUAAAGGUUGGAGUUUUGAUUCAUGAUCAUUUCCUGGUUUUACAAUACUGGGAUUUUGCAGUUCUGGUUUUAUAAGAUCUGAGAUUGAACUCAGAUCCUCUCCACUGACUGAGCUCUCUCGAUAGCCCAGAAGAGCUUUUUUCAUUCAAUCUUUAAAAAAUGGUGUCAUAUGAUGUUCAUUUCAUUAAGUCAACAAAGGGAGGGCUUUUUUUUUUCUUUCUUUUUUUCGGAGCUGGGGACCGAACCCAGGGCCUUGCACUUCCUAGGCAAGCGCUCUACCACUGAGCUAAAUCCCCAACCCCGGAGGGCUUUAUCUUUAAUGUUAUGAUAAGACCGCCAAUUCAAACCAAAGUAUAAUUAUGGCAGGUAGAAAUAACUCGGGAAAUCUUUCAAAUACUCUAGCAUGUAACCAGUCAUUUUCUAACUUACCAGAAGAGGAAACGGAGCGAGGGUUGUAAGCCUGGAGAGCUCAGCCUGAAGACGCGCCUGCAGCUAGGAAGGUGUGCCUACGUGUGUGGUGUUCAUGGCUUCACUCUGUGCAUAGAGCUGUGUUCAACAGUGCAGCCUCUGGACUGGUUCAGAUACUGUUGUAGCAAAGGCCAUACCUUCCUGUCCUUAGAAAGCUGAGAGUUGGUCCACCACCUUCCCACGUGGCUGAGUCACUACCGUAUACAUUUCCAUGGUGGCCGUUUUGUGUUCUGGGUGCUUUCUCUAAAGACAGAGCCAUGGCAUCCUUGAAUGGAGGAGGAGUUGAAGACAUUUAGGGUCUUCCUUCAGGUCAGAAGCAGAGAGUUCAGCUGCCUCAGCCUAGCGGUUCCAUUUCAGAACCAGAUCCAGUGCCUGGGGCUCUUGACUUGUGAAUACUUUUCUUUUCAUGUUGGUAGAGUCAGAAAAUGUCACGAUACCAAAUUUAGCAUGGCAAACUAUUUAUCUAGCUGCUUUUCUUAGAUUAGAACAUAAACUUGUCUUAGGUUUUGGCUGCUGCAGACAUUUUGAUUUCUCUCUGUUCAACAGUCGCUGGAUCCCUUCCCCUGAAUGAUUGACAGUGACCUUCAGCCUAAUUUAUAUAGCAGUGAAGACUUGGUAUUUGGCUGAGAACACUUUGUGGCCGCUGCCAUCGGCCCUUCCCCCAUCCUUUUCACUGAAUGGUAACUCUGCCUGUGAAUUCCUUGUCCGGCAUGGCAGUUGUACUUAACCCAGGUAGUCUCAGAUGAUUCUGGAACCCAGAAGGUUCACCAGCCCUGUACCUGACCUACAGGGUGGAAAGCAGUAUGCUCAUAUGGUGAGAUUAGCAGAAGGCAUGGUGAGAAUUGCUGGAGAGAGGUCCUGUUUCUUGGUGAUUUAUAGGAUCCACCUCCUGACUCCCAGGCAGAAAUGGAAAGAGGAAGGAUGCCGUUGUGCAGCCAGGGUGUCUGCUUUCAGACCUGGCAGUGCAAGAUAGAACCCUGUGUUUUGAUUGAAGCUUUUCAGCCUUGUCCUGGAAAAGUUCAAAAAACCCUUUAUUCCUCUCAGCCUGGACCCAGCAGAUGGGAUGGCAGUAAAAAGGGGUGUUAAACCAUUGCAGGCCUUUGAGUUGAUUCUGUAAGGUCCCUGCAGCCAUGCCAUGGCUGUCCUGCCCAGUUUGUUUUUCCUGGUACCCAGCACAACGCUGUGCUUCUUGUUGACUGCAAUCAUGUUUACUCUUUGCUCUUCUAUUAGUUCUGGGAACCUUGAAAGUCACUCUGUACCGGUGUUUGGGCUCUUGUUCCCCAUUUCCACGCUUCUGUCUUUGGAUUUGUCUCGAAGAAUAAUGUCUUGGUGGUUCUUGUAAAUAUAAUUUUUGCACUGCAGUUUUACCUAAUCAAAUCACCUUGUUUUCAAAACUCAUAUUUUAUGUAUAAGACUGCUUGAAGUAAUUGUGAAUUCAUUAUCUUAAACAUACUAUUAUUUCUUUAAUAACUGUUCCAGAACAACCUCAGAAGCAUUGGCAGGUGCCCACAGCCAUGAUGAAUGGCAAGCUUAGGUUUUAGAGUUAGCCACACUGACCUGAUAUUGACCAAGUAUCUGAAGAGGAUUUAGAAAUGGGAAUUGUGAAGAACCUGACUCGUGAGUGUUCUGUGGAGACUAAGGUCACCAUAGUGAUGCAAAGUGAUGGUGUAAUACAUGGCACAAUGUAGGACACACCUACAAAACUUCCUUUUUCUUCAUUACUAGUGGUUUUUUGUAAUUUUCUUUUAAUAUGGACCAUGGCAGCUUGGAUUGGGGCUGAUAUGUGCAAUGUUUCUAGAGAUAUUUAAUACCUUUGUUCUCUUUCUUUCUCAAGUUCAAAGCUGUCCCGAGAAUGCCUGCCAGCUUACGUUUCCUUUCUUCCCUUGGUCCAUCUUGUUUCUGAUUGUUUUAGCAUCCAUUGUUCAUCUUUACUCCCUGAUGCAGCUAUGCAUGGGCCUGCCUCUUCCUUAAUUGCACCCUAAGUCUCCAGAAUCCCAAGGUUUGUAUGUCUGGGCAGUUUUAGCUAUGGCUGGAUUGAUGCAGCAGUAAAGCAGACAGAUUGGAUUCCUACUUUCUUUACUGGGAAUUGUUCCCCCUCACACCCUGGUACCUAAUAAAAACCACCUUAUAAUGAGGCAUAGACGUUUUCCAUGGUAUACUAAAAGAUGAGCGCUGCUCACGCUUGGGUUAUGCUUCUAGGUAUGAUUUCUUCCUUCUACGUUCCGGGACUUUAAUGUUAAGUAAAUGAGUACUUGCCCCACAGUUGGGGAACAAGCAAGGGAAUGGUGGUGCCGCCUUUGAUCCUAGUACUCAGAGGGCAGAGGCAAGUGGAUCCUUGUGAGUUUGAGACCAGCCUGGUUUACAAAGAGAAUCCCAGGACAGCCAGGUCUAUACAGAGAAACCCUGUGCCAACAAAACAAAACAAACAAAACAAAACAAUCAACCAAACAAAAAAAAUCUAAGAAACCUUAUAGGGUUGGAGAAGAGUUUUUCAUGAAUUGCAUAGGUAAGUCCUUGCUCAGUGAUCCCUGUGAUCCUUAAAAAAGGGACCUUUUCUAGUCCUUUAAAGUGUAGGACCCUAAUAGCCUCACAUCAUAGGGAAUCAUUUAACGUCUGUUUCAUAAGCAAGGCACCCUUGUGGGCGAUACUAAUAUGGAGUUAACUGCUCUAGUUGACCAUGAACCUGGGAGAGAGGGGCCUACAAUAGAGGUGGGCUAAAGUCUCAUGCAAUAGCCAACUUUAUUUGGAGCAUCAGACAGUUUAGACUCUUGAGGGAGAAUCACCAGUAUUCAGUCACAAGGACAGGCUGUAAGUAGCUAAAACAUGUUUCUCCACAGAGGCGUGUGAAUAACAACACCUGAAAUAAACUCACUCCUAUCUGCAACAUCCGGUCGGAGCGCCAAAGCACAGUUCUGUGUUCUGAAGAAAACUAAGGUCAUCAUACCCUUGUUUUCUUGGAACUUUUUCAUAAGCACUCAGGAUUCCCUUCCAUAACUACAUUCUUGGACUGUGGUCCAACAGUUGAAUUUUUCUUUAAAAUGUCUUGGCUAUAUGUCUCUUGGGUGGAGUCUGAAUGAUCAGAAUGGCCUCCAGUUCUAUCCCAUCAUGCUCCCACUUCCACAUGGACAGAAUUUUUGCCAUCUCAGCACUUAUGAGUUAACGUGUCUGGUGGCUUUGUAUAGCUUCCAGUCUUGGUGUUCCCAGGCCCCUUCCUGCUAAAGCACUAGUGUCUACCACUGACUCCAGUUCUGCCUUAUUCUGUGUCUCAACUGCAGCUGAUCUAAAUGCUUCCUCUGCUCCCUGACAAUAAAAUGUUACUUACAGCAUCCUACCUGACCGUUCCUAUGUGUGCUUUUCAUGCUCCUCUCCCUGAGAACUUUAAACAGUGGAUUUCCUCAGAUGCCUUCUUUCCCCAGUUGACAUAACUCUUCAAGGUUACCUCUUUUGGUUCCAUGACUUAAGCACUUCAUAGACUGUCAGAGUCUACAGUUCUACUGCAUUUGAGCAGAUCUCAGAUACUACUAAUAAGAAGCAUCGGAAAGGAAGAAAAGAGCAAAGUAACUAACUAACUAACUACCUAACAACUAUAUUAUUAGUGGCUGUGCUGCCAUUUAACAAUAGGUAGGUAGGUCUCAUUUAACAAUAUCACAUUUGUGGUAAACGCACAAUGCAAAAUCAACGGGUAUAAUUUUCUUAGCACACAUUAAAUGCCGUUUCCAGAGUAUGUGUCCCGUGUGUCAUGUAAGCAGUCUUCCCAGGAACGGGCAAAUAAGGUGUGAUAACUUUGUCUAAGCAAUGAGCAGGUUCCCAAUUCUCCUCUCCAGAUAGGAGAAGUCUUAUUGCUGUGUAGAUUAAAUAGAGUUAGCUGGCCCAUGAGGCAUAGCUAUUCAACUAGUAGGUCUUCCGAUGGUGCCAGAGUUUGGGGAUUUAUUUAAUUUAAGGUUGUUCCAGCUACCUAAGUACGCACUGUGACGUGGGCCCUGGACAUUGCUGUCUUCCCCACUUUGCCCAGUGUUGAAAUUGUCCUGUCGAUUACCCGUUUCUGGUAUUGUUUAACAUACUAGUGGGUCGUUUUGGUGGUUUUUUUCCCAUCUCAUUUAUUUAUCCUCCAUUUCUUCUACAGCUUCAAAAUUGCUUUUGAGAGCUCUGGGACCUGUAAGAGUCUUUGCCAAACUUUGAAAUACAGUUUUCCUGCAGCAGAUCCAAAGUUAACAAAAAGACAUGGGAAUAAUUCCAUUAAAUCGUCUCAUCUGCCAACAUAUGUGUUCCUGCUCCCCCUGUUCUCCUGGGCUUUCUAAAAAGACUUCUAAGUGGUUGAAAAUGUGCGCUUGGUAGACCGAGUGUCUUGUAAAAAAGCAGCGCUGGGAACUUUGUAUCUGACGGCCACUCACGUCAUAUUCGUGGAAAAUGCACCCGACACAAGGAAAGAAACCUGGAUACUUCACAGUCAGAUCUCCACCAUUGAAAAGCAGGCGACGACAGCUACGGGCUGCCCUCUACUCAUUCGCUGCAAGAACUUUCAGAUUGUACAACUUGUCAUACCGCAGGAGAGAGACUGCCACGACGUGUAUGUCUCUCUGAUACGCCUUGCGCGGCCAGUGAGAUACGAGGAGCUAUACUGCUUUUCCUUCAACCCCAAGCUGGAUAAGGAAGAACGAGAGCAGGGCUGGUUGCUGGUUGACCUGAGUGAAGAAUACAAGCGAAUGGGCCUCCCGGAUAAUUAUUGGCAGCUCAGCGAUGUGAAUAGAGACUACAGAGUUUGUGACUCUUACCCCACGGAACUGUAUGUCCCCAGAUCGGCCACAGCACACAUCAUCGUGGGCAGCUCCAAGUUCCGGAGCAGACGGCGAUUUCCUGCCCUUUCCUACUACUGCAAAGAAAGCCAUGCCUCCAUCUGCAGGAGCAGCCAGCCCCUUUCCGGCUUCAGUGCUCGGUGCCUGGAGGAUGAGCAGAUGCUCCAAGCCAUCAGGAAAGCCAAUCCCAGAAGUGACUUCAUUUACGUCGUGGACACGAGGCCUAAACUUAAUGCAAUGGCAAAUCGUGCUGCAGGGAAAGGCUAUGAGAAUGAAGACAAUUAUUCCAAUAUCAAGUUUCAGUUUAUUGGGAUAGAGAACAUCCACGUCAUGAGGAACAGUCUUCAGAAAAUGCUGGAAGUAUGUGAACUUAAAUCUCCAUCCAUGAGUGAUUUCCUAUGGGGGCUCGAGAACUCAGGCUGGCUGAGGCAUAUCAAAGCCAUCAUGGAUGCAGGGAUCUUCAUUGCAAAGGCAGUUUCAGAGGAAGGGACAAGUGUGCUUGUCCACUGUUCUGACGGUUGGGACAGAACGGCCCAGGUGUGCUCGGUGGCAAGCCUGCUGCUGGACCCUUACUAUCGGACUCUGAAAGGAUUCAUGGUGUUAAUUGAAAAGGACUGGAUUUCCUUUGGACAUAAAUUUAAUCAUAGAUAUGGCAAUUUAGACGGUGACCCAAAAGAAAUCUCUCCAGUAAUUGACCAGUUCAUCGAGUGUGUCUGGCAGUUAAUGGAACAGUUCCCUUGCGCCUUUGAGUUCAAUGAGAGGUUUUUGAUUCACAUUCAACAUCAUGUUUACUCCUGCCAGUUUGGGAACUUCCUGUGUAAUAGCCAGAAGGAGAGACGAGAACUCAAGAUUCAAGAAAGAACUUACUCUUUGUGGUCGAACCUGUGGAAGAAUCGGGCUGACUACCUCAAUCCUCUGUUUAGAGCUGACCACAGUCAGACCCAGGGGAGCCUUCAUCUGCCUACAGCUCCAUACAACUUCACAUAUAAGUUUUGGAAUGGGAUGUAUAACCGCUUUGAAAAGGGGCUGCAGCCUCGACAGUCUGUUACAGAUUACCUCAUGGCUGUGAAGGAGGAGUCCCAGCAGCUGGAGGAAGAACUGGAGUCCCUAGAAGAAAGGCUGGAAAAAAUUCAGAAAGUCCAUUUAAAUGGCGCCAAAGUGAAGAGUAAGCAAAGUGAACCCAGCAAACACUCGGGGUUUUCUACCUCAGACAACAGCACAGCCAACACUCCUCAGGAUUACAGUGGGAACAUGAAGUCCUUCCCAUCCAGGAGCCCCUCCCAGGGUGAUGAAGAUUCUGCUCUGAUUCUAACCCAAGACAAUUUAAAAAGCUCAGACCCCGAUCUUUCAGUGAAUAGUGAUCAAGAGUCUGGGGUGGAGGAUUUGAGCUGUCGGUCUCCCAGUGGUGGUGAGCAUGCACCCAGUGAAGACAGCGGCAAGGACCGGGACUCUGAUGAAGCUGUGUUUCUCACUGCCUGAAGUUUCCCUUUGGAGUUCCAAAGUAAAAGACAAACACUUUCAAAUUAAGGGGAAAGUGCAAUUCGUAAUAAAAAUGUUGAGAAAUGGCAAGUUCCAUCCAGAACCAUGAAAUUAGAGCUGCGAAAAUGAACAAAAAAUAACAAUGCUUUAUCAAUAGCCAGUUGUUUUAUCACAGUAUAAUAAAGACUGAUCACCAUUCCCGAGGCUCAUCAGACUAUGAAAAUGAUAUUCACUACAAAGGACGUCUCUUCCCCUAAGGUUGUCCAGACAAGGCUUCCCUGGCACAGCAGCAUGUCUCUGCUUCUAAAGCCCUCCUCUCUUGUCUCUCAUACCUGUUAAUGUUUGCAGUUUUCUUUUCACUUCCAGAUAUGGUUUGCGUUCAGAGACAUUUGACAUUUCCUUCUGCCUUUACCCAUAUUUUAAAAUAUAAGUACUGAAUACCUCUUUCUGUUAAUAAAUAUAUUCCUAAAAAGCUUUGAAAUUAA